CCGAAACAACAGAGGAUGAAGAUGGCGAUCAACCUGAGACCAAAGAGGAUAGUGGAGAUGUCGAGGACCAGGCUGUACAUUCAGUGAUGGACAGAUGUGCUGAAGAUGACAACAGUAUACAUGGACAUGAGGAUCUCACUCACAGCCAAUCAGAGGACUUUUCAAGAGAAUCUCCCCCACAAGCCCUCCCACCCCCAUCUCCAAGACUUGUCAAGCGUAUUCCCACCUCUCCGAUGCCAAGUCGCUCUGGUUCCACCACUCCACUCAGCUUGCGGAAGAAAAUUGUUGUACCAACUGACUACCAAGACACAGUGCCAGGAGAGUUCGAAGAAAAGGUUAAGCAGCCAAAACCUGCAUCCCAGGGUAGUACCACAGACUCCCGCCCGCAAACGCCACUGAGUGAAUACUCGCGGAAAGAGUUUACCCCUAGACCUUCACCGAAGCUUACACGGGCAAGCUCAAAGGUUUUUGAAAAGGUCCGUGGUCUAGAAGAACGGAGACGAAGUCUUGAUAUUCCAGAAGGCUCCAUUUCAGGUAGAUCCUGGGCAGGCUUCAAUCGCGCUGGCUCUGUAGACUCAGAUGACGGGGGAAGUCGGCUGGGCAUCUCUCGAGAAAGUUCAAGGGAAGAUCUUAGGGAGGCUCUGAAAGAAGAUGCUGCUGAACGAAGAUCCAUGUUCAGACAGAGAGCUGCUUCGCUGGAGGACAAACCGCGCUACUCUCAAAAAGUUCAGGACAUCGAGAACAAGUUCACCGAGGAGCUCCAGCGCAUUAAAAAACUAGUUGGGAAACCUCAUAUGAAGAAAUCAUUUUCAACUGAACAGCUCACCCUGAGGGCGAAGCAGCGGCAACCUUUCAGGAAAAUCGAACCAAUUCCUCCCCAAGUCCUACAGAAACUUCAAGAAAGAGAACGUGUCCAGUGGGCGAAAGAGCAGAGAGACAAGGAAAUAAGUCAGCAACCGAUGCAGCAACAAGUGCAAACACCACAAGAAACGUAUAAAUCAAGACAAAAGACAUCAAGUUCAGGUUCAACAAGUGUGACCGUGAGUAGAUAUGGAGAAGUUGCUGGCACCCCAGAAUCAAUGCAGCUAUCUGACUUACCAGGACAACGAUCAGUGAGAGAAUUAAGCAGAGUCAGUCCAGUAACGGAAAUCAUUCAAAGAUCAUCGUCACCAGCAUUAUAUCAUCACCAAAGGGAAGGAUCGCCAAGCAAAAAUGUUGCAGAGAUGACAUUACGCAAGGUUGAACGAAGGCCACCGAGUCCGCUUGUACAAAGAGUAUCUCGAAUGCAAGAAUCUUCGCACAUCCAAGAGUCUCUCGCGCAAACAUCACAAGAGGGUUCAGGGAGAAAAACACCAAUAGAAGUAUUAGUAAGAAAAAUUGAUAGCAGACCUGAAAGUCCAUUGGUACAAAAAAGGGCUGUCGUGCAAGAUCGUUCCCCGCCACAUCCUGCCAAACCUUCAAGAACCACACCAGUCUCUCCAACAGAGGACACAAUGGAGGUGGACCUACCGAAACCAGAUGCGAAGAUCCCCACUAUUAUUGUUGAAGAUGAAAAAAUGGAGGAAGCCAUUCCUGUGAAGAAGACUAGCGGCGCUAAAGAAGCACAUCCGCCGAAGACCAAAGGAAAACACCGCCGUCCUCGACCAAUGUCACCAGAAUUAGACUCUUCAGAUGAUUCUUAUGUGUCUGCUGGAGAGGACCCCAUGGAGGCCCCUGUGUUUGAGUUUCCCCUCCAAGACACCGUAGCAUCUGCUGGUGCAGAUGUGCUGCUCAAAUGUGUAAUUGCUGGAACCCCUAUCCCUGAUGUUUCCUGGACUAAAGACAACACUGAUAUCAGUGGUGUGGAAAAUUACACAAUCAAAGUGGAGGGAGAACGCCACAGUCUACUUAUCAAAUCAGCAAAGAUGACUGAUGGUGGAAAAUUCUGUGUCACUGCUGUUAAUCAGAUGGGCAGCGCAUCCAGCAGUGCAACCCUUUCACUCAAAGCAGAGACAGUACAGGAACCAAAGGGAAACCUGGGUGUGCCGAUGGACAUCAGCAGCCCCAUCACAUCUGAUGAAGAGUAUCUCAGUCCCCUGGAAGAAGCCAUGGACUUCGGAGGGCCUGAGCCAAGGCGAUCUAUUGACACUCGAUUCAGGAAACCUCCUUCAUUCCUGGCAACAAUGAGUGAUCAAGCUGUCAUUGAAGGACAGGAAGUCACCAUGUCUGUCCGAAUAAGUGGACAACCCAAACCCAUGCUCUAUUGGUUGAGAGACAGAGUUACGGUAAAAUCCGGCCCUCGCCAUAUUGUACGAGAGACAGAAGAUGGCACGUUUGAAAUGACGAUCAAGUCGGCAUUGAGGUCAGACUCUGGGAUCUACUCGUGCAGGAUCAUCAAUGAGUAUGGGACGAAGCAGUGUGACGCAAAGCUGCAGGUGAAAGCCCCUCCAGUGGAGCCAGGCCUUGCCAUCAUCCGUCCGGUCAGGGACAUCACAGCCAAGGCCGGGGAGACGGUCCUGUUCGAGUGUCACGUCAUCGGACCGAAGGACACUGACGUGGACUGGCUGGCCGACGGCAAGCUGAUCCAGCCCGCCUUGCUCAACUGCAAGAUGCACUUUGAUGGACGAAAGUGCCGGCUGCUGCUGAACUCCGUGCAUGAGGACGACAGCGGGACGUACAUGUGCAAACUCAGCACAGCGAAAGAGGAGGUGACUUCAUGCGGCAAGCUUAAGGUGGUCCCCUCCUUUGAACCGCUGUUCACUCGCAAGUUGGACGUUUUGGAGGUGAUCGAGGGGCGCAACGCUCGAUUCGACUGCAAAGUCAGUGGAACCCCGCCUCCUAAGGUCAUCUGGAGUCACUUCGACCAUGCCCUCACAGAAAGCGAGGAUGUCCGUAUAGUUCAGGAGGCCGGCCGCCAUUCUCUGAUCAUAUCUCACGUGACCAACGAUGACGAAGGAUUCUACACCGUGGUAGCACGUAAUGCUCACGGCGAGGCGGAAAGUUCUGCUGAACUCUACAUCCAGGAACCACGGCCGGCCAUCUCCUCACAGAUGGCCAAACUGGAGAAGAUGCCGUCCAUCCCAGAGGAGCCGGAGGUCCCAGAGAAUGAGGUGGAGCGCUUCACCAUGCCCGACUUCAUCAAGCCCCUUUACGACCUGGAUGUGAUCGAGGGGAAGGAGGCUGUGUUGAAGUGCAAAGUGGCCGGCUUCCCGUAUCCAACCAUCGCCUGGUUCCACAACGGCAAGAGGAUCGAAAGCACCGAGGACAGAAAGAUGACACAGUUCCGUGACGUCCACAGCCUGGUCAUCCGCUCCGUGUGCCACGCUCACGGUGGGGUCUACAAGAGUGUCAUAUCCAACAAAGUGGGCAAGGCCACCUGCUACGCUCACCUUUAUGUCACAGACAUCCUCCCCGACCCGCCUGAUGGGAUGCCAGUGAUCGAGUCCAUUACUGGUAAAACCAUUACUUUAAGCUGGAAGAAGCCCAGGAGGCUGGAUCCAUCCAUUGAUCCCAGCUCCCUCAUGUACGCGAUCCAGCAGCAAGCCUUAGGCUCCAUCCAGUGGAUCAUCAUCGCUUCUGGCCUGAAGGAAACCACCUACACCAUCACGACCCUCUCCAAAGGCGUGCGCUACGCCUUCAGAGUCCUCACCAUCACCUCCAAAGCUUUCAGCAAGCCUUCGCCUGCCACCGACCCGGUGCAGCUCUUGGACAGAGGUCCCUACCUUCAGGAGGCUCCAGUGAUUACUGACAAGCCAGAAAUUGUUUAUGUGAUGGAAAACCAGUCCGUCACUAUAAAUAUUACCCUCAAUCAUGUCAACGCUUCAGUCAUCUGGAAAAGGAGAGGAGCGGCCCUGGCCAGCAAGCCAGGCCUGUAUGAGAUGACGAUGCCAGAUGACGACCAGCACACGUUGAAGCUGUUCAAAGUGAAGAGCACUGAUGUCGGAGAGAUGGAAUUUGUGGCCUCCAACAAGUAUGGAAGCGACAGCUGCACCUUCAAUGUGGAGUUGGCAGCCCCACCUACAUUUGAGACUAUCAUGGAGGACUUGGAUGUGUGUUCAGGGGAAACUCCACGCUUUGCUGUGGUUGUGGAGGGAAAACCCAUUCCUGACAUCCUCUGGUUUAAGAAUGAUAUCCUGCUGUCAGAGAGUAGUCAUUACACAUUUGUCUACGAUGACAACGAGUGCUCCCUGGUGAUCCUCAAUUCUCGUUCAGAAGACUCUGGGGUCUACACCUGCACUGCCAGGAACCUGGCUGGUUCUGUGUCCUGCAAAGCUGAACUGACUGUUCAUCAAGCUAAAAGCAAGGAGGAUCCAAUGGAUGAUGAGGAGACCAUUCUCAGGAAAAUGCGCAGACUGACUGAUUAUUAUGAUAUCCACAAGGAAAUUGGAAGGGGUUCAUUUUCCUAUGUGAAGCGAGUCAUCCAGAAAGCUGGCAAAAGGGAAUAUGCAGCAAAGUUUAUCUCCACGCGGGCCAAGAAGAAGCCAUCUGCUCUGAGGGAGAUGAACCUGCUUUCCAAGCUGGACCACGAGAGAAUCCUCUACUUUCACGAUGCCUUCGAGAAGAAGAACGCAGUCAUCAUCAUCACUGAAAUAUGCCACGAGGAGAUGCUUGACAGAUUCACAAAGAAAUCGACAGUAAUGGAAUCAGAUAUUCGCUCAUGUGUAAGACAACUGCUUGAGGGGCUAGACUACCUUCAUCAUCUGAACAUCAUCCAUCUGGACAUCAAGCCUGAUAACAUCCUCAUGGCAGACCCGAUGGGUGAUCAGAUCCGUCUCUGUGAUUUUGGCAACGCGGUGGUGAUCACACCUGACGAGGCUCAGUACUGCAAAUAUGGCACACCGGAGUUUGUUGCACCGGAAAUUGUCAAUCAGACUCCUGUGUCCAAAGCAACAGACAUAUGGCCAGUCGGAGUUAUAGCAUAUCUGUGUCUGACGGGAGUUUCUCCAUUUGCUGGGGAGAACGAUCGCAGUUCUGUGCUGAACAUCCGGAACUACAAUGUGGCUUUUGAGGAAAGCAUGUUUGCUGAUCUUUGCAGAGAAGCUAAAGGGUUCAUCAUCAAGUUGCUGGUAGCAGACAGGCUGAGACCUGAUACUCAGGAAUGUCUGAGACACCCUUGGUUCAAGACACUUAGCAAGGGCAAGGCCAUAACUACAGAGGCCUUAAAGAAAUUUGUAUCUCGAAGAAAAUGGCAGCGUUCUCUUAUCAGCUACAAAUCAAAAAUGGUGAUGAGGUCCAUACCUGAGUUGCUAAAUGACUCUUCCAGCCAUAUCUCCAUCGCAGUUCCCAGGCACCUUAAAGAGGGUUCACCUUUGCCAUCGUCAUCCUCCGAUUCUGAUGAAGACAUUGAUGAACUGCCAUUUAUCCCAAUGCCACUUAACAUGGAGUUCUCUGGAUCAAGAAUGUCCUUGAAUGAAAUUCAGACUAAUGAGCAGGAAACAGGGAAUCAAAAUGGAACAAAUAAAUGGUCUGGACCUCUUGUUGAGGGCCAAGAAGCAAUGGAGUGUCACACGAAAGAAAUGGAUGAAGAAGGAGUUGAAGUCCUAGGUACAGGUCAUCAGAGAAAAAGGUCCUCACAAGACAAUGACAAGGGCUCAUCAGAUGAAGAAUCACCUUCUGAAUUGCCCCAGAAGUCAGACUUGCCUAGAAAACCACUAAGAAGAGGUUCAAGCAUGGACUCUGACAAACCAGAGGGAGCAAGACGAAGAGGAGAGCUAAGACGUGGAGGUUCAGCCGACAGUGCUCUGCUUCUCAGAAUUACACCUGAAGAAGGAGCAGGAGAGGGAAACCAAGAGGAUGGAAAACGAGUUCUGAAGAAAGCGGUUUCUAUGGAGCUACCCAGGAGGAGCACCAGCCCAGGAACUGCCAAGAUGAGUCAAGAGGACUACGCCCUUAAACUGGAGCUGAUGAGACAGCGGCUGCUUCGUGGUGGCUCAGUGGACAACAAAAUGAGUGGACUCAGGGGACCUCUGCUGGAAACGUUGGGAAUGGGAGAUGAAAAACGGGCAAUACCUUCAGAUCGCUAUGCUCGUACUGCACGCCUGGGCCCACCUCCAUUGACAAGAGCUGCUUCUAGUGAUUUCCCAAGAGACGAAGUGCCAAAGCCUAAGAUUUUGCGCAAGAGUACUUCUUUCAGUCAAGGGGAUUCAGAACCAAUUGCUUUGCACCGUCGGUCUGGAGCUCCCCUGGAGAUUCCCUUGGCACAGGUAGAAGAGAGACGACUCAAGGAGGCUAUAUCUAUGUCAGCUCUAACUGAACAAAUCAAGCUGGAUUCCCGUCCAGUCACUCCCAGGGAUCCAUCACCAAAACCACCAACUCCAGAGUCUGUCAUGCAGGAUAGUCCAACUAAAACUGAAAGUGAGGAAUCAUUAAUGGAGAGAGAAACAAGGCAUGAUGACACCAUCAGUGAAAAGAUGGAUGGGCUGACUACAGAUAGUAAUUUUGAUGAAAGAUCAAGUACUAGUGGUUUCUCAGAGAAAGACAUGAGCAUUUCAGAAGAACCAAUGAUUGAAACAGAGUGUAUAAGUCCAAGUAUUCCGACACCUCCCAUUACAGUGCAAGGCUCUGAACCAGAAGAGAAAAUGGAAGAGGAACUUGAAGGAGAAAAUAAGCAAGAAGAAAAAGAAGAAAUCAUGGAAGAGGAAGAGGAAAGAGUUGAGAGUGUUACUGAAUCCAAUGUGAAAGAAAAUGUAGAUGUUACUUCAGAAAAUGUAGAUGAGAAUGUAAAUGCUCCUGUAAAAUCUUCAGAGAUUACUAUUUCUACAAGUUCAGUGCUGGUCAGACCAACAGAACAAUACUCCCAUUCCUCAGGAAGUGCUGUCCCAAAUUACAUUACGCCCUUACCUCCUGGACGAGUUAUUCUUCCAGAUGGAAGGGUAUCAGCAUAUGCCAGUAUUAUGCAAACCAUCAUGGUCCCUUCACUUCAGCCUCCAAGUGAUGCCUCAUUAGGGCCCUCCACUCCAGUUGUUGUUCCCGCUGCUUCUUCCUCUUCAGUAUCAACUGAAACCUCUGUGCCCAUAACUGCAUCCACUGAUGUACCUGGUCCAUCAAGACCAGUCGUCAUUACAACCACUGAGCACCCUGCAGUCUAUUCCCGGGUAGCAUCGCCAGAAAUGAUCACAAAAGAGCCCAGUCCACCAAGAGAUAUCCCACAUCCCUCCUCUCAACAGGAGCUCUCAGCAAGGGGAAACUUUGAGGACAUAUCAUCCGAAGAGAUAUUUGAGACUCGAUUCAAAAAACGUGAAUCUUCCCUCUCAAGAAGUCUGAAGUUUCUCUCACGCUCAAAAAAUGAUGAUAAAUUGCAAGUUACAGAUGCUUCAGAGACAGGCGAAGAGAUCUACAGGCCUGGACCAAUAGGGGCACCAUUAGAGUUAUCUCCAAGAAGACUCGAGGAGAAAUCAAAGUCAGUCCAAGAUCUUCGGGAAGCUCAAAAGGACCAAGGAUUCAUGAGAAGGCUUUCAAUGCGAUUGAAGAGAACUCCAUCGGCAGAGCGCAAAGAAGAAAUGGCGAAAGAAGAAGAUUCAACUGCACCAAGACGCAGACUUUCUUGGACUCUUGGUCGGAGAGGCUCACAAGAAAGGAAAGAAGUAGAGAUGAUGAGAAUGGAUGGUGCAGGUGACAAACUGGAGGAAAAUGAUGACAAUAUCAAGAAACCUAAUGAAUCACCAGUGUUGGCAAUGCGCAGGAAAAUAGAAUCAACAGUAGCAGGAAUUUCUACAAGAAUUCGCAGCUACUCGGAGGAAAGGAAAGCAUCUGAAGAGAAAGAAACAAAAAGGACACCUAUUCUUUCAAUGCUCCGUCGUUCAACUUCAGAAAGCCGUGGUCUGAAGGUUACUAGUGUUCCUCAGAACCAACUAGUUACUCAAGCGGGUAAUGGUGCCUCGUCAGAAUCCCUGGACUCUGUUUCCAGCCUCAAAGCAGAUCCAUCCAAAGGGGUGGAAGCUGACCGUAGAUCCCGCUGGGACAGAUGGGGCCUGACUAGAGGAAGGCGAGAUAAGACAGUAUCCCAGCCUGACAUACCUUCAGCGAUAUCCAGAGAAAACAGCUCCUUGCGUUCACGCCAGUACUCCAAACUUGCUUCUGAUUUCCCUCCAGUGUUUCAUAUCAAGCUGCGGGAUCAUGUUCUGCUAGAGGGAGAUCCAGUGACACUCAGCUGCCUGCCAGCAGGAAGUCCCCACCCACACGUUACAUGGAUGAAAGACAAGAAGCCACUGGAGAUUGACGCCAGGAUGAAUAUGAUUGCGUGCCCUGAUGGCCGUCAGCUGUUGAUGAUUAUGCAAACCACCAAAAAAGAUGCCGGGGUCUAUGAAUGUGUUGCUACAAACCCGCUCGCCUCCGUGUCCAGUUCCUGUACAAUAUCUCUUGCCCGCCUUCCCAAUCGUCCUGGGACUCCUGAGAUUCCUCAGAAGUACAACAACACAGCUUUGGUGGUGUGGAGGCCAUCAGACACUAUGGCCCCUUGCACAUACUCACUGGAGAGGAGAGCAGAGGGUGAGACCAACUGGCUCAUUGUGGCCACAGGGGUGGCCGACUGUUAUUACAACGUGACUGACCUGCCAGCCGGGGGCUCCUUCAGGUUCAGGGUGGCAUGUGUCAACAAAGCUGGCCAGGGACCCUACAGCAACCUUUCAGAGGUGGUGAGCCUGGAUCCUUCAGUAGAACCAGCUAAAUCCACUGCGACUGUGGUGGUUAAGACUGUUCCUGCAACCACACCUCCAGCCCCCAUGGUGAUGAUGUCGUCUAUGAAAGUGCCUCCCAUCAAAGCAGCCCCCAGCAAAUCAACCACAUCCAAUGCUCAACCUAUCCCUCCUCCAACAUCUGCCACUGGGCCAUCUGUGGCUAAAUCUGUCUCUCCAAUGACCACGAAGCCUUCUGUGCAGAUCAGUCAUCCCCCUGUCACUCAACCUGUUACAACAACCCUCGCUGAACAAGCUCCUGGAAACCCAGCAGCAAAAGCCAAGACCACAAUUAACAUCAGUAUGAGCAAACCCCAAACAAAGCUGUCUCCACCUGUUGUUCCUCCCAAACCUCAAAGUCCUGCACACGCAGUCCCCUCUAUAACCAACAAGCCUCCUUCUCCUGGAUCAUCACCGGCGCCUGUAAUGGGGAAACCUAUAUCAUCUGUUCCAAUGUAUAUUCCAGCUGCGACUGCUCGUGUUACCCCACCUUCUCAGCCUGUGUCCAUUCCAACGACCUCCACCCCCACAGUUACUCCUGUGACCAUCACCACACCUGUUGUGGUGGUGCAGAGCUUGACACCGGUAUUGCAGGCAGGGGACAGUCGCAGUACCCCAUCUGGGCGGGUAACACCAUCAGGACGAAUCACACCUUCGGGGCGCAGGACACCACUGGGGAAGCCUGGAGAGGGAUCUCUGCGCCAAGGAGUUCCACAGAAACCUUAUACAUUCAUGGAUGAGAAAGCAAGGGGUCGGUUUGGUGUGAUCCGUGAGUGUCGAGAGAACGCCACAGGCAAUCUUUUCAUGGCUAAGAUUGUUCCGUACGAGGCGGAAAGCAAGCAAGCAGUGUUGCAGGAAUACGACAUUCUCAAGUCUCUUCAUCAUGAACGGAUCAUGGCUCUGCACGAGGCUUACGUCACACCACGUUACCUGGUGCUCAUCUCCGAGUACUGCAGUGGGAAGGAGCUGCUCUACAGCCUCAUUGACAGGUUCCGUUACUCAGAGGAUGAUGUGGUGACCUAUAUUGUGCAGAUCCUUCAGGGUCUGGACUACCUCCAUACUCGACGUAUCCUCCACCUGGACAUCAAGCCAGAAAAUGUCAUUGUCACCCACAUGAACAUCGUCAAGAUCAUUGACUUUGGCAGCGCUCAGACGUACAAUCCUCUCUUCCUCAAGCAAUUCAGCCCUCCUAUUGGAACACUGGAGUACAUGUCUCCCGAGAUGUCGAAAGGAGAUGUUGUGGGCCCUCCAGCUGACAUCUGGAGCGUGGGCGUACUGACUUUCAUCAUGUUGAGCGGGAGGUCUCCAUUCAUGGAAAAUGACCCUCAGGAGACAGAAGCCAGAAUCCAGGCAACAAAGUUCGACCUCUCUAAACUCUAUCAGAAUGCAUCCCAAAGUGCCUCUCUGUUCCUCAAGAAGAUUCUCUGUAGCUACCCUUGGGCUCGCCCAUCCAUCAAGGACUGCUUCAAUAACUCCUGGCUUCAGGAUGCCUACCUUAUGCGCCUUCGAAGGCAAACUCUUACCUUUACAACGACCCGUCUCAAGGAAUUCUUGGCCGACCAGCAGCGCAGGCGAGCGGAGGUGGCCACCAAGCACAAAGUUCUCCUCCGGUCCUACCAGAGCUCGCCACAGACCCCUACCAGCCCGGUUACGCCAACUGUGCCCACCACACCCACCACACCUGUCACCCAGUGAGAACAGGCUUCCAAGCACCAGUUGGCAGGACAUGGCGAGGGCGGGAAGGGGCUGGUGAUCAUCCUCAGAACACUACCAGACUAUGCCACAUGGCGGAGUGGUUCUUCGGUUGAACAAUGUCAGAAGGAAAGAGAAAAAAAACAACCAUGAAACCUGCAGUGGUUUUAUUCUACAGAGACACCUUUUAAUAUUUUUCCUGGUUUUGAAAGAGAAACCUAAAGAAAUGCUAUUACGCAAAAGGGAACUCUCACAAAGCUGCAAGACACUGACUGUAUUUUCUAUAGCGGUCACACAAAGCAAGAAGUUGUCUUCAAGCUCGUACCUCAAGGUUUCUAACUUCACAUACAUUUUGGAAUAACUACUUCAAUUUCUGUAGGUACUCCUAAAGAGAAGAAGCAGCUUUGCAUAUAGCAAAGCCUCAAGUCAAACAGUUUUUAAUGUGAAUCCCAGUAUUCUCUUAGACAGAAGUCAAGAGGUCAGCUUAGCAUAUGUUCACAACAAAGGAGUACUCCACACAACUCAAAAUGGGAACACCAUUUCAGAAUCACAUGGUCCCCAACCAGCCAAAAGCUCGGAGUUUCAUUCUACACAGGCAAAUUUUGAGUUUGUGAUUUACAUAAAAUAGCAAAUGUUGUUCCUAGUGAACCCUGUCAGUCCAUCUUGAGCUAAAGUAAUGUAUUUUGAGCUACGUGGGGUUUUUGUACUGCUGUAGCACCUUCGUGAUUGUCAAGAUUGUAGCAGUUCCAGAAAGGACUUCUUUGUGUUGAUUUCCUGUUUUGUAGAAUAUGUUUUGAGUUUGAGAGACACGCAGAUGGCUUCUCUACAAGGGCUAUUAGAGCAGAGCGCUUCAGAUCCCAUUUUCCCCUCACUUUACUGGUUUAACGCAUUAAAUUCAAUUCACUUUUAUUUGUAUAGUGCUAAUUACAGCAUACCUAUGUUGUGGCAUGUUUACAUUCAAACAAAAUAUCAAGGGAAACCCAACAAUUCCAUAAAAGCAAGCAUCAGCAUCUGCGCAAAGAAAUUAAUGUAUUUUACCAGGAAGAAACUUUGCAGACUCAGAAUCUGUAGCUUCAUGCCCACACAUGUUGUGGAUUGGAAAAGGGAAAGGGUAAAUAGAAAGGAAGCUAAUCCACAUGGGGCAGGAAGCAGAGGUCAUGAACUUACAGAGAGGAGAAAGAAUAAAUCACAAUUAUUAGAUUAGAUUAGAACAGCUUUUUCUCCCAAAGGUGGUAUUCUUGCUUUGCUUCCUUCACUUUCAAUAAGCUAGCAACCAGUGACCACUCAAACCAGUAUUUAUACUCGACUGAGUUUUCAAUAAAAGGUUUACAAGCGUUGAGAGUCGGUCUUUGCACCCCAAAUUGAGGUUUGAUAUGGACAGGUUAGACAGGACACAUUCAAUCUAAGAUUAUUUUUGGGAAAUAGUGUCUUUAUUGAGCCGUUAGUGACAGUCUGGUGUCUCGAAGUGCCCCGAAGGAGGGUUAGUCAGUGUGAAAACAGCUGAGAGCGAAUGCUGAAGAGGACACUGCUGAGUGUGUCAGUUCUUGUUUUACCGGUCACUCUCAACUGCGACAUGAUUGAUUUUUAAUAAAUACACUCCCUAAAAGAAUAUAUACUGCAUAAUGAUGACAGUAAAUGGGUUCAUCUCUCUUUUUUUUCUUGAUGGUCACCCUGAAAGGUGCAGUAUGUAAGACUGAGGUAGUGACACGUUUGUAUAUUAGGUGGAAAUGGUUAGUCUCACCCACUUUGUCUUCAGUUCUUCUCGGUUUCUCUCAGUUUUGGCGUUUCCUUUCCUAGUAAGCAAUUUCCAACAUUUCUUGCCUCAUGUUGGAUUGGAUUUAGGAUCGACAAAAGGCUGCAUUUGACAGACAUGCUAAGUUCGUCUAUGUGUUGUGACACAUAGUCAUCCAUCGAAUACAUCACAGCUACAAUUUUCUUUUAUCAGUUGAUUUUAAAGAGUUUUGAAUAUGAAAGGACUGGAUUUGACAUAUAGUUUCACUCAUGACAUAAAGGGAUUGACAGCAGUGGUGACUGUGCCAAUCAUGGGUGUCAAACAUAAGGCGCAUGGGCCAAAACAGGCCCAUCUCAGGGGAGAGAGCGAGAGAAGAUAACACAACAGCUACAGACUGUAAAUCCUCAAAAGGUAUUUCUGUUUAAAAGCAUGCUACUAUCAGGAGAGUUACAUGCUUUUUAUGGCCAUUAUUUACAUUUUUGGCUUUGUAAAAAAAACAUGAGGGAGCACAUCAUUCAACCAUCAAUUAGCGUUUGGCAUGUGCUGAGCGAAGAGUUAUGGAAUUCGAGAGAAAGAAGUUUAAUCUUUGUGAGAUUCUUCAACAGAAUUUAAAGGAUUGGAUGAUUUACCGAGAUAAAACAUUAAAUCAACCCACCACAACCAUUUAAUGAUUUUAUGAUGAGCUACUCUUUAAGAUAUUUUGCAUUUGAGGGUAAACUCAUUUAGCAUGUGAAACACUGCUUUUUGCUGCUUCCCUUUAUACAAUAUCAGUCACACACAACACCACAGUCUCCUGUCUGUUUGAAUGCGCUCAGAGAAAGAUUAUAUUACAUAUAUAAAUACGCAGAUGAGUUGUUUUACUAUGUGACUGACAGAAUCAAACUUAUUUUACUAGUUCUCUAUAUUCUAAUGCUACUGCUAGAUAAAUACUGCCCUUUCUCUGCAGUUCUUUUUUUUUUGGCUCUGUGAUCUUUCCUAUGCAGAGUGGAAGUGAACUUGUCACCGAGGAACUCGUUUUUCACCUCAAAACAUGCAAGUUCAGCAUGAGAAUGCAACGCGGCAUCAACAUUUUCGACGUCUGUACAAUAUGUUAACGGGAGUUCACAUGAAAUGAAGCGACAUUUGUUGAACGCCCCACAUUUUGUAUUUAAACCCCUCAGCCGUUUUUUUUUUUUUUUUUUUUUUUUUUUGUGGAAUGUGUUGCAGUGCCUCGUUCUGGAUAUUAGCCCCUCUGA